GGGGAGGAAAAAGAUUGUACCCAGUUUAUAGAAGCUACUGAUCACUCACCAACAUGGUAGUAUUCACAUGCAGUGCGUGUGGAGAAUCUGUGAAGAAAGCACAAGUUGAAAAACAUGUGAACAUCUGCAGAAACUGUCAGUGCCUUUCUUGCAUGGAUUGUGGCAAGGAUUUCUGGGGUGACGAUUAUAAGGAACAUGUGAAGUGCGUAAGUGAAGACCAGAAAUACGGUGGAAAAGAUUUUGAAGCCAAAACUAACAAAGGAGAUGCUAAACAACAGGAGUGGAUUCAGAAAAUUCAUGAAGUAAUGAAGAAGCCAAACAUAAGCCCUAAAGUGCGGAACAUUCUGGAGCAAAUGCGUGUCUUUGAUAAUAUUCCAAGAAAAAAAGUAAAGUUUCAGAAUUGGAUGAAGAACAGUUUGAGAAUUACUGACAGCACUUUGCAAGACCAGGUGUGGGAUAUUUUCUCUGAAGCAACCAGAAACAUUUCAAGUGAAAAAGAACAAGACAAACCACAACAGAAGGAAGAGGGGCAGUCUGCAGAAACUGGGGAAAAAACAAUGGCAGAAGAAAAUGGAAUUACAGAUGAUAAAAUUGAGAGGAAAAAGAAUAAGAGAGAACGAAAAGAAGAGAGACAAAAGAACAAAAAGAAGGAGAAAAAAGACUUGAAAUUAGAAAACCAGUCAGAAGUGAAAAAGAGUAAAAAGUCCAAAAAAGGAAAGGAGAGCUUGGAGAAUGAAUUUGAAAUAAAUGGAAAUGGCCAUCAGAGUGAAAUAGAAGAGGAAACAAAUGUAAAGAAACGCAAACAUAAACAUGCAGAAGAGGAACCUCAUAUCACAACAAAGAGAAUGAAGACUGAAAACAUUUCAGAAGACACGGAGACAGAAAACACCAAUGGCAAUGAAGAAAAUGUGGGAAUCGAUAAAGGUAAAUUCAACUGGAAGGGAACCAUCAAAGCUGUUCUGAAACAGGCCCCAGACAAUGAAAUUUCAAUUAAAAAACUAAGAAAAAAGGUUAUAGCUCAGUAUUACGCAGUAGCUGGUGAACAUCACAGAUCAGAAGAGGAUAUUCUAGUCAUAUUUAAUAAGAAAGUGAAUAACAAUCCCAAAUUUAAAGUUUUAAAGGACAAAGUUAAACUCUUGAAAUAAGAGUUUGCAUACUUUUAAUAACCUUUGCAUUUUGAUCUUGCAGACUGAGUCAAAUUCUUCUGUCAGCUGUACAAAUAUCAUGUAUUGGUCUCAAUUUAAAUUGCGUAUGUGAGAGCAGAAUUUAACUUUUAAGACUGUAUUCCUCCUCUUUUUCUAGAUUUAUCACAGAACAUUUUCAGAUAUUUUAUUUUUUGAUUUUAUGGAAAAUGUAUAUUUUUUGGUACAAGUUUUAAGAGGCAUUGAAAAUAAUUGCUGCCUACUGUAUUAAAAUUCUUCCAGUAAUGGAUAUAAUUUAUAGGCGUGAACGUUUAUCGGGACCUCGGUUGUGUGGCUUUUUGCAGAAACUAUUGUAAGAGCAAAUAGAAUUUUUAUAUUCAAAACCCACCAUGGAAUAAAUGUUUUGUUAUGCUAAAAUUCAAAAUGGUAUGACUAAUAUCCCCUUUACGCACUGUAGCUAGUAUAUGCAGGCUUUAAUAACCUGUUAAUUCUGUGUUGUAAAAUGCAUAAUUAAAGUGUCUGUCAAGUUUGUGUAUGUAAUAUUGCACAUUCAGUGAAAAUCUAAAGACUGUUACCUGUAUAUGCAUAGCUACUGAAUGUUUUAGUUAGUAAUGCAACUGACUUCAGUAUAAGUGAUCACAUGGACUAAAAAUUGACUGAUGAAAUAAAUGACUUUAAAACUCCACCUUAAGUAUAAUAAAUCUUGCCACUUUAUGAUUGUACAAUAAAUCCACAAAUUAUACAAAAUUUGAAGAGGCUGUUAUAUUGCAGUCACCAAAACAAUGUAGGCAGGCCAGAAAUCUUACAUGUAUUUAAGAGACAGAGUUGCCUGGGGAAAGUUACUUGAAGUUUAUAGGGUUUUAAUCAAAUGCAAAAUAAUUCCAGAUAGGGAGUUUCCUACCAUGAAGUAAUCUGUUAAGAACAGUGGUAGAAAGCCAGUGAAAAUUUCUUGCAGUAGAUGGUAUGGUGUUUUGGAAAAUUGCAUAGUGAUUUCACGCAGAUACAGUUUUAUAGAACUCCAUAAUGAAAAUACCUGAAUUUAUAGCAAUAUUGAAUAUUUUAAAAGUAUAAAUAUGAAAAAAAUAACUAUCUGAUACACUGGGUCCAGUUUUUCUGAGUACAUAUUUGUCUUGUUUAAUAUAAAAGUUGCAAUAAAAAUACCUAAUAA